AUGAAGUUAAACAUUGCUUACCCACCAAACGGUACCCAAAAAUGUAUCGAAAUUGAUGAUGAACAAAAGUUGAGAGUUUUCUACGAAAAGAGAAUGGGUCAAGAAGUUGAAGGUGAUUCCGUUGGUGAUGAAUUCAAGGGUUACGUCUUCAAGAUUACCGGUGGUAACGACAAGCAAGGUUUCCCAAUGAAGCAAGGUGUUAUGAUCCCAAACAGAGUUAAGUUAUUAUUAACCAAGGAUUCUUCUUGUUACAGACAAAGAAGAACUGGUGAAAGAAAGAGAAAGUCCGUUAGAGGUUGUAUCGUCAGUGCUGACUUAUCUGUCUUGGCUUUAACUGUUGUUAAGCAAGGUGAACAAGAUAUCGAAGGUUUAACCGAUACCCAAGUUCCAAAGAGAUUAGGUCCAAAGAGAGCUAACAACAUUAGAAAGUUCUUUGGUUUGUCUAAGGAAGACGAUGUUACCCAAUUCGUCAUCAGAAGAGAAAUCGUUAAGGGUGACAAGACUUACACUAAGGCUCCAAAGGUCCAAAGAUUAGUCACUCCUCAAAGAUUACAAAGAAAGAGAGCUGUCAAGGCACAAAAGAUUAAGAACGCUCAAGCUCAAAGAGAAGCUGCUGCUGAAUAUGCUCAAUUAUUAGCUCAAAGAUUACACGAAAAGAAGGCUGAAAAGGCAGAAAUCAGAAAGAGAAGAGCUUCUUCUUUAAAGAACUAA